UUAAUGUUAAAAUAGCACAGAGGACAACAGAGCUGGCAAUGUGGUAAUCACGUUCCAAUGAAGAGACAAAAAGUUGUCUUACACAACAUGUAAACCAUAGUUUAGUGUUACAUGCAUGAGCUUCUGGGUUGUGUGCUCCCCCUCCUCAUCCUGUCUUCUGCCACCAUCCCUGCAAGAAAAAGAUCAAAAGCUUUUACUUUCAGGUUUCACCACUCUGGCAGCACUGAUCUAACAGGAUGAUUUGGAUACUUCAGCUCUUGUUUUCACCACUCCCAACGCCUGCUUUGAUUGGUCUUGUUACUUUUGGAACAACAGUCUUCCUAUGGUUGAUAACCAAACCAAAACCAGUUACACCCCCUGUUGACUUGAACAAGCAGUCCUUAGGCACUAAGGGAGGAGCAAGAAGAAGUGCCCUUAUGCCUGAAGACAAGCUUCUUUCUUACUACUUCGAGGAUGCAAAGACCUUAUAUGAAUGUUUCAAAAGAGGACGUUAUAUAUCGGAAAAUGGCCCUUGCUUAGGAUACAGAAAACCAAAGCAAGCUUAUCAAUGGCUGUCUUACCAACAGGUACUAGACAGAGCUGAAUACCUGGGAUCAGGCCUCCUACACAAAGGAUGUAAACCGUCAUCAGACCAAUUCAUUGGCAUCUUUGCCCAGAAUAGACCAGAGUGGAUAAUCUCUGAGCUUGCCUGCUACACUUACUCAAUGGUUGUAGUUCCCCUUUAUGACACUCUGGGGCCAGAAGCUAUUGUGUAUGUUAUCAAUAAAGCUGACAUCUCUACAGUGAUCUGCGACAAACCUGAGAAGGCACAAGUGGUACUUGAGAACUGUGAACAAAGAAAGAUCCCAGGAUUGAAGAUAAUUAUUCUGAUGGAUCCUUUUGAUGACAAAUUAAAGGAAAAAGGAGCUACGCUAGGAGUUGAAAUCCUUUCAUUACAAGAAAUUGAGGCUCUAGGAAGAGACAACUUUAGCAAACCAGUUCCUCCCAAACCAGGAAAUCUUGGCAUAGUCUGUUUCACCAGUGGAACAACAGGUAAUCCUAAAGGAGCCAUGCUAACGCAUGAGGGUGUUGUUGCCAAUGCUGCUGCUUUCAUGAAGAGCAUAGAAAUGACGACUCCUUGUCUGCCAUCAGAUACGUCAAUGUCAUACCUUCCUCUAGCUCACAUGUUUGAGAGAGUAGUGCAGACUGUAAUGUACAGCAAUGGAGCAAAAGUUGGGUUCUUCCAAGGAGAUAUUCGACUUUUAACUGAUGACAUGAAAGCUUUAAAGCCAACAGUCUUUCCAGUAGUGCCAAGACUACUCAACAGGAUCUAUGAUAAGAUUCAAAGUGGUGCCCAAACAAAGUUCAAGCAGGUAAUGUUAAAAGUUGCUGAAGCCAGGAAGCAUGCUGAAGUGAAGCAGGGCAUUCUUCGAAACACAAGCAUCUGGGACAAGCUAGUGUUCAAGAAAGUUCAGGAAAUCAUGGGCGGGAAGGUGCGAAUAGUAGUAACUGCAGCUGCCCCAAUAUCUCCAUCUGUCCUAACAUUUCUCAGAGCAGCCUUUGGAUGUCAGAUCUUUGAAGCAUAUGGUCAGACAGAAUGCACGGCUGGCUGCACAUUCUCAUUGCCAGGAGACUGGACAACAGGUCAUGUUGGACCACCCCUAGCCUGCAACAUCAUAAAACUUGACGAUGUUGCUGAUAUGAACUACUUUGCAGCUAAUGGUGAAGGAGAGAUUUGCGUUAAAGGGCCAAAUGUAUUCAAGGGUUACUUGAAGGAUCCUGAGAAAACGGAAGAAGCUAUUGAUAAGGAUGGUUGGCUUCAUACUGGAGACAUUGGGAAAUGGAUGUUGAGUGGGGCACUGAAGGUAAUUGACAGAAAAAAGAACAUCUUUAAGCUAGCUCAAGGAGAAUAUAUUGCACCUGAAAAGAUUGAAAACAUUUACAUCAGAAGUGCUCCUGCAGCACAGGUCUUUGUGCAUGGAGACAGCCUGCAGUCAUUCUUGGUGGGUGUGGUGGUUCCUGAUGCAGAGACCCUUCCAGAGUUUGCCACAAACUUGGGAGUAAAAGGUUCAUAUGGUGAAAUAUGCAAAAAUACAGCAGUAAAAAAAGCUAUCCUGAUGGACAUGAUCAAGUUGGGUAAAGAAGCUGGCCUCCAAUCAUUUGAACAAGUGAAAGAUAUCUACAUCCACCCAGAGAUGCUCACAGUUGAAAAUGGACUCUUGACUCCAACACUGAAGGCAAAGAGAGCAGAAGUAUCCAAAUUCUUCAGGAGUCAAAUUGAUGCCCUGUAUGCUUCUAACAUAUAGGGGGACAAAAGGCUACCUCAAAUGCGUUUACAAUGGACUGUGAAAACACUUGAUAGGCACAAAAUAGUUAAAUAAUGAAGGACCUAAUCAACUAAGUGUCCUUUCCUUUUAAAGAAAAAUGUGGCCAGCUAAUGUAGUACCAGGUUGUUGUGAAUCUUGUAUAAAAACAUGGCUAAGAUGUUCAAAUGGAACAGGCUGACUUGUAUUCAAAGCAACUGGGGAAGCUGCCUUGCUACCUCACUAACUACUGUUGUCAUGAUUGUAUAAAGCUAAAUGAAAUGGACCCUAUGAUAGUUUCCAUAUUUGGAAGAUGGAAUAGCUGUAUGGGAAAGUAUUUAAGUCAUUUCUGAAGCUUUUGAUGACCAUAGUAAGAUUGUACUGGACCAGUGUGGUUAAACAAACUUAAUCUAAUCUUACUGAGUGGCUGUGCCCCAUACAGGGUCAUGUAAUAUAGUCUUGAUUUGUACAGUCAUGUACUCUAGCUUUAUAUAAUAUGCUUUUGGACCAAAGCCAUAAUUUCAUCAAGUGAUGAGUGCUCAAAUGUACCAGCAGCAAUAAAUGUAUUUACGGUUAUCUAUAUUUUUUUAGUCAGGAUAUCCAAAUUCUGCUAAGACACAAGCUGUAUUCCUACUGGCUGAAAAUGUAUGUGAAAAAUAAAUAUCACUUUCUGGAAUUUA